AAAGUAAAAUCGUUUUCUUCGGUCACAACCGAAUAUAACAUGCUCACAAACUAGAUUGGGUUUUUUUGGUUAUCGUGUGUGAAUGUGACGUCGGGCUGUGUAUAGAAUUUGGCAUUGGCAACUUGACUGUAUAUAUAUGUGUAACUAUUAGAUUGGGUUAGUUGUGAUGGGAAGUUGACAGUGGCAAAGAGUUUGGGCGGGUGUAGUGUAUAGCUUUUCGGUCGUCUCGGGAGUCCUGGCUGUUGAUAUUGUAUAACAUCCAGCCACUAGAUAUAUUCUAGUGUGUAGUUGGGAGAUGUUGUAGCUUAGACGAUGAGGAUGUUUGAUGGGAGGUCUCUGUAAAUGUCGAAAGACGGGCGACUGCUGUGUGUAUGUGUGUGUGUGGGUGGGUGUGUGCUAUCGGCAGCUGCAGCUGCCAGCCAAGGUACUCACUCAAACUAUCCCGAAUGUGUGAGUGAGAGGGCCUUGUAUGUGUGUAUCUAUUCCGUUGAAGGAAAACGGCGAUAGCCAUCCAGCAGUGACACACACCGACAUCAGAGUCUCUCCACAUGUUUUAAGAAGAAGAAGAAGAAGAAGGCGGAGGCGUAAAUAAGCGCGUGCCAUCAGGUGAACGCGCUCUCUCGGCUCUAGUAGUCCCCACUUUUCUUUUUUUUACCCGGGUGUAGUAGUAGCUACUACUACCCCGAUGGAAAAAGGGGGGAGGAGCCAAAGCGGAGAGAGGGGCAGGGAGACGGAGGCAAAAGAGACAAAACGGUAGCCACCCGCUCCAACCGAAGCCAGUCGAGUUCCGAGCUCCUGACAGUGAACUACAUGUACGCACCCUCUAGCUCCUUAUCAUUUUCCCCUUUCCAAUUUUUCGAGCAAGUUAUUUUUUAGAAAAAAUUCGGUUUGGUUAAAGUUAUUGGUCUGAUUUGAAAAAAAACUUUUUGCGGUGAAUUUGCGGUUCAUGUGAAAUUGGAAUUUUUGGUUUUUUCGGUUGUUCUUCGGUGUUGUUGUUGUUGUUUCAAUAAGAAGAAGAAGAAGAAGAAGAGAUGGCCACGAUGGCAAAGUUCAAGUGUCUCCUGGUUCUGCUGGUGGCCGUCAUUUCCGUCUGCCGAUCACAAGUCGAUCCUGCGGCGACGUCAACGACGACCUCCUCCUCCACUACGGACAUGUUGUUAACGACCUCCAGUUCGGGAUUGGACGGAGCCAUUCUGCUCCGGGCCGAAGGCCUCCGACUCGGCGAACUCUCCAAGCAAAUGGCCGAAACCAACCGGGCGCUGGAAGAGUUGCUGGCCACCAAACUGCGCGACAUUCACUACGCCUCGGUGAUUGGCGAAUUACGGGCCGAAAUUGAUUCUCUCAGACGUGACAUGGAACACGUCAAGGAAGCGACGACAGCGUCGACGGCGUCGUCGGGACGGAACGACGUCACGGCCGAGCCUACGGCGACGUCGUCGGAGAACGAGCAGAAGACGCUGCACUGGCUCCAGUCGUCGCUGGCCGAGAUGAAGGGCGAAAUCCUCGAUCUGAAUCGCUCCGUCAACGUGUCGAGGCAGUUGCAGCAGCAGCAGGAGACGGCCGGCCAGCUCCAGCUGACCCGCUUCGACGUCACAGUACUGCAGGCCCAGGUGGCCGACGAGGCGGCUUACCGCCAGCAGAUCAAUCAAUCGAUCCAGCAAGUCGACGACGACGUCCAACGGCUCGACCACCACCAGCAACUCAACGCGGCCCAAUUGGAGCGGCUCGAGAACAACGUAAGUUAUGAGAUUUCACAUCUAUAUCCAGCAUCCCAUCCCAUCCAUCCGCCCUAG